AUGCGUGACGAACGCGCAACACUGUCGCUCGCGGCGUUCCUUUUUUUAAUAUAUCUGACGCCGUUGGAAGCUCAGACGUAUAUAAUAUGUAGAAAACCAAUUUCGCACGAUUGCUUAACUUGGAAACUGGACAUGGGAGGUCAGGACAAUUCUCUGGACGAUUUUCCAACCAGCUCAGAUUACAUUUGCGGCUUUGUCAGUUAUAACCCAAGGAAAACUCAUACGAAAUUUAUUACGGUUGAUACACUAAGCGGCCUCACGAAAACGAUAUUCUGCAAACACAUUAGUGUAAUUAAUGGGGUGUUUCAAUGGGGUCAGCUUCAGGACCUACAAAGUGUUCCCAGGGUUAGAAGACAGGUAACCUUCACCCCCCGUGGGAGAUACAGGGGACAGACACAAUCCCAGUACUUAGCAAUCGAUAGGGGUAACGGAAAAGACGAGGGAAAAGCAGAAGCACACUCCGCAGCGGAUUCCUCUCGAGCAAGCGUCAGUGGCAACAGUGGAAUGGGACAAGCACAAAGUCAAUCAAUAUAUGACCCCAGCUGUGACGGCUGCAACGGAAAAUCGGAGCAGGAGGACAGUCUACGAAAAAUCCCUGAAAACAACAAUUGGUCUGCUUCGGGCCCAGCAUAUUUAUCUCGCUAUCCAGGCCGAAAUGACCUAGGACAAUCAGAAUAUGGUAGCAAUCAAAAGAGUCCUGGUGACGAACAUCGUGGUUCUUAUAGGCCUGAUGGCAAGUGGCAAGACCCAGAUGUUGGCUAUCCAGAUUCACAACGUUCUAAUGUACCACCAAGUAGUAACACUGGGCCAGCACCUAAUGGUCAACAAACCUUUUCGCCUGGUCAGCAGGGUUAUAUUCCAGGUAAAACUCCUAGCCUUCAAAGAUUUGGACCUGGCCAGCGAGGGUAUGCGCAAGGUCGCGAAGGAUACAUUCCUGGUCAACAAGGCCAAACACCUAACCAGCGAGGGUAUGCGCCAGGUCACGAAAGAUACAUUCCUGGUCAACAAGGCCAAGCACCUGGCCAGCGAGGGUAUGCGCCAGGUCACGUAGGAUACAUUCCUAGUCAACAAAGCCAAACACCUGGCCAGCAAGGGUAUGCACUAGGUCGCGAUGGAUACCUUCCUGAUCAACAAGGCCAUACACCUGGCCAGCAAGGGUAUGCGACAGGUCACGAAGGGUACAUUCCUGGUCCACAAGGCCAUACACCUGACCAGCAAGGGUAUGCGCCAGGUAACGAAAGAUACAUUCCUGGUCAACAAGGUCAAACACCUGGCCAACAAGGGUAUGCGCCAGGUAACGAAAGAUACAUUCCUGGUCAACAAGGCCAAACACCUGGCCAGCGAGGGUAUGCGCCAGGUCAUGAAGGAUACAUUCCUGGUCAGCAAGGUUAUACGCCUGGUCUUCGAGGUCAAAUACCUCGUCCGCAGGACUAUACACCUGGGCAACAAGGAUACAUGCCUGGUCAAAAAAUCUAUACUCUUGGCCAACAAAGUUUGAGUCCUGGACAGCCAAGUACACCUGUUCAACAAGGAUACCCUCCUACACAGCAAAGUAAAUACGCUGGAAGUUUUACUCCAGGUCUAUCGGGUAGAGAAACUUACAAUCCAAAUGGUGUUUUAUUGCCUCCAGGACAAUUUACCGCCGGUCUAUCUAUGCCUGGAGCGGUAACUCCAGGACAAAUAGCUUCAUAUAUUCCUGGAAGAGAACACCACGCAAAUUGGCCAUUGGGAUCUGGUCCGUUUCUUGGUCCCGAUGGUAAAACUUAUAUUUGCUGCAUACUCCCCGGACAGGAUAGUAGAAGUAUCAAUUAUGAUCAAGGAACUUAUGGUGGACCAAAUAAUUUAUUAGCUCCGGGGACACAAUUAGAACCUGGAAAUAGUCAUGGCUCCGGCACAUAUUAUGGUCCACACGUAACUGGAACAGAUUCUAAUAACCCCAUAGCAGGAAUGGGGGGUUCAGGAACUGGACUCUUUAACCCUGGUAUUGAAUCAAAAAACGGCCAAAACAUUGUUGGAGUUGCACCAGGAACAGAGCAGUAUGGUACGGGACAGUUCAAUCCUGGGAAUAGGCAUGGGGAUGGAGCUGGGCCGAACAUUGGACUAUACAAUCCUGAAGGAACACAAGGAACAAACCUUGGAAGGCAAACAGGACCUAAUCAAUACGGCCUUGGUGGUGACCCAGGAACUGGCCUAGGUGGUGUCGGUGGCAGUACAAUUACAAAGCACUACGGUCCCGAAGAUGGACAAGGGAUAGACCAAUAUGGUCCUGGAAGUAGACAAAAUGGGGAGCACAAUGGUGCAGGAGUUGGACCUAGUGCAGGGCAAUAUGACCCUAGAGAUGGACAAAAAACAGGAUACAAUAAUCUAGGUAGUGAACCUAGUACAGGACUAUAUGGGCCGGAAAAUCCACAUGCCACAGGGAAAUACGGGCCUGGUGAGGGACAAGGAUACAACGGUCUGGGAAGUGAACCUGGUACUGGACAAUUCGGUUCCGGAGGUGGACCUGGCACUGAUCAAAGCAGGUUAGGAACUAGUAUAGGCCAAUAUGGCCCUGUUUAUGAAUCUGGAAUUGGGCAAUUUGGCCCUGAAAAUGUGCAAGGAACAGAACGAAAUGGUCCGGGAGGUGGGUCGGGAUCUGGCCAAUUUAGUCCUAGAGAUGGACAAGGAUCGAAACAAAACAAUCUUGGAGGUGGACUUGGACCUAAGGAAUAUGGCCUUGCCGGUGGACCAGGAGCAGGAUACGGAUCGUUUGUUCCUGGAGGUGUACAAGGAACAGGACAAAAUGGGCCGGGGAGUGGGCCUGGAACUGGACAAUUUGGACCCGGAGGUGCGACCGAGACAGGUCAAAACGGCCUCAACAGGAGACCAGGAACUGAGCAAUUUGGUCCUGGAAUUGAACGCGGUACUGAGAAAAAUGGUCCAAAUCGUAGUGGUGGACAGUUCAGUCCUGGGGGAACACAAGGAACGGAACUGAAUGGUCCGGGAAGUGGACCUAAAACUGGACAAUUCGGACCGGGAGCUGGGCCUGGUACAGGGCAGUAUGGAUUCGAAAGUAGACCAGCAACUGGGCAAUUUGGUCCGGGGAGUGACCGAGGUACUGCGCAAAAUGGUUUAAAUGGUGGUUCCAGUGGUAUAGUCAGUCCACUUUUGAAUGGAAAUGCUCUUGGAAAGUAUCCGUAUAACCUAAACGGUGGAGCAUAUACGCCCAGUGGAUCAGGUGAUAGUUAUAAUAAUAUACCACAAAAUUAUAUCAAUACAAAUACGGUCUUGGACGGUGAUGACUCCGAAGCAGAAGCCAUUGUGUCUCGGGCUGCGAAUGGCACAGCGGCAAGUGCUUCGUCCAAAGGAGGUAACGACAAAGGUAAAGCUCAAACUCACGUAGAAGGCACAUACUCAGGAAGUGGAUCCUUUCAAGCACAAGCACAAAUAACUGGUGAAAAUAAAGGAGCCGAAAGCGAAGUUAGUGGAGGGAAAAAGGGAGCAACGAGCGCAGCGACUGGAAGCGGCCGCAAUAAUAAAUCCCAAGCGAGUGUGCAACUAGGAUCUGAAACCGGGGCGGUGCAGACUAAUUCACAAAGUAGUGGAACAAUGCACUCUUCUAAUUCGCAAGUACAAGGAAGUAUCAAGGGUGGAAUGGCCGAUGCCCAAGCAAGAGGACCGGGAAGUACGUCGUCGCAAGCUCAAAUCGGUUUCACGCCUUUUAAAGAUACAGACAAGGCUGCACAUGAUCUACAGAAAACUCCAUUUGUCGGCGGAGGAAUUGCUUCAGCUCACUCGAGCGGACGCACUGGUCAGUCACAAUCACAACUUCAUGGCACUUUCAAAUAUGGUAUAACUUAUAACGGCGCAGCGCAAUCCGGAGCUAGCCUUGACAAAGACGCAGUGUAUCCUAACAGACUCUCGUUCAAAAAUCUAGACGUCUUCGAUGAAAAGGAGAAGAAUAUAGACGUCGAUGUUACUGAACUGCCGAAAGGAAAGUCGACGGAAGAAGUACCUGAUACAACGCAGGCAUUACCCAACCUAGCAGUCGAAGACCAAAAAGAAACAGAAGUUACGACGACCGAGAAGAGUUUGGAUGAGGCUUCAAAGGAUGUAGACAGUAAUUAUGAUCUCCACCCACACGCUGACCAUCACCAGGAUGAAUCCCCACCAUCGGGACCAACGUUAACUGACAACAGGCGGUCGUUCCACACUGAUUUCAACGAAAAAGGCACUGAAUACGAAUACACAACCGACAAGGACGAAAAUGACGAUUACGACGGAGAAGGGGCUUUUGCGCCUGACGCUUCGGAUGGAGAUCAGGGUGGGGACUACUCCGGCUACGAUGAGUAUCCACGAGGAGACGCACAGACACACCAAUCCCUUCAGAGCCCUAGUAAAAAAACCAUAGAUGUUCGGCAAACAACAGGCGGUAGCACACAACACAUUCUAUUAGGAUCGCUAGGCAAACACGACGCGGAAAUAACGCAGAAGAGCUCGGAGAGGCCCGACGAGAGAAGGGUCUAUCAACCCGGUGAGAGGAUACCAGGCACAGGUGGCUACACGAUACCAAUGGGGUUUACGGGGAGCGUAAAGUCUGUCGCGUCAAAGGAAAAGACGUAUGUUGUUGGCUCGAGGACUUCGCCAUCACAGGCACAAACGGUUACCCUCACGCCUGGCACUGGACAAGUGAGGUACUCCCAUCCCUCAAGUUACAGUAGAUACGUGAGUCCAAGCAAGUUGCGCUCCCUCCAGGGCAAGCGGGACGACGACAGGUACGUCUCAGUUUCCAAAUCUGUGACCAGAGCCUUAGAUAACGAAAACAACGUAAAGAAGCAAUACUCCCACACGUAUUACACCAAGUCCUCAUCCUGCGGCUACUUCACCUUCACCUGCACAAUGGUUAGCAGCGCGGAAGGCAAGAAGAAGUUAUGCAAGCCCAAAAUACCAACUAAUCCAGACGGUACACCCAUAAGGUGUUAA